GUGAUAGGCAGCAGAGCGUGCAUUUGGCUUCCUCUUGACUUUUCUUUUUCUCGCAGAAUCCAACAAUUUACUUGCUGCCAAAUUUCGUCUAGAAAUUAACAGGCAUUAAUUUUUGUAAAAUGGCUGGACGUAUGGAAACUCUGUUUCAACGAAACAUUGGUGGGGGUGUCCAAACAGUGUUCAAGCAUUACAGUUUUGUAAACAAAUGUGACAUGAAAUUUUCCAUCUUCGUCCCUGAUAAAAUUUCGUACGACGAGAAAUUUCAUGUCAUCUUCUUUCUACCAGGAGCUGAGUGUAACGAGCAGCAUUUCAUCAACAGGACCGAAUUCCACGAUAAUGCAGCUGCAAGUCGAUUUAUUGUCGUAUGCCCAGAUACCUCGCCUCGGGUGGAUCUGCCUGGGGAUAAGGUGAAAGGUCAAUGGGUGGGACAGGGAGCUAGUUGGUACGUGGAUGCCACUGAAGAGCCCUACGUGAAGCACUACCAAAUGUACACUUAUGUCUCAAAAGAGCUGUACGACAUAGUAAUGAAGCAUUUUCCUGCACUUCCAAAAUUCGGAAUCUGUGGGCACAGCAUGGGUGGAGCAGGAGCGAUCUGCAUUGGGCUAAGGAAUCCAGACAAGUUUCCUUCAAUUUCCUUGUUUGCAGCCAAUUGCAACCCUAUCUCAUGGGGAGAAAAAACUGUGUUCCCAACUCUGCUUGGGACGAAUAGGGAAACAUGGAAUAAUUACGAUGGUUCUGAGGUGGUUAAACGUUAUGAUGGUCCACGAAGGGAAAUAUUGGCAGAUCAGGGAACUGACGAUUACUUUUAUCACACAACUAAAACCUUAAACCCUGAAAAACUCGUUGAAGCUGCUGCUGCAAACCCCAAGGGAACCAAAGUCAUCUCUGUAAACAUGCGGAUGCAUGAAGGACUUGACCAUGGAUUCAAUUUUGUGAAACGGUUUUGGAAAGACCACUUUGCCCACCAUGCUAGGAAUUUGUUUCUAGAGUCUCAAGGACUCUAAUACAUGCCCCUAAUACAAAUUGGUUAAUCACAUAAAUACAGCGAAAAAACCUCAGCCCUCAAAAUUAACAUGAAAGUUACGCAAUCACUCAUCAGUACUAUUCAACAUUUAUUUUCAUAAUCAGUGCAACCUUUUCAAAUAUAUAGGGACCAUUAUUAUAUUUCUCAUAACAGAAUUCAAUUUCCGAAAGACACAGUCAAUUCUAUUUUUUCUAUUAUUAUUAUAUUGUCUUGUAUAAUAAAUAUCUCGUCCUCGUUAUGAUAAUGUA